CCGCUAUAUAAUAUAUCUUCCUCACACACAGAUGCGUACACUUUUCCUCCCCAUCACCUUGUUCUUGAUCUAAUCCUAAUUCCCAAUUCCCCAAUCUUCUUAUUCCACCAAUAACCCUCCAAUUUCCGCUCCAAUUUUUCGAUUUUGUUUUUGCUUUUAUUUUAUUUCAAUUUAAUUUGUAUACCUGUAAUAAGAAUCAGGGUUUAUGUUGAUAAUUAUCCAUGUACUUAGGGAUUUUUUAUUUUCGUGAUUAUCGUGUCGAUAACUAGGCCUUUCGCUGUUGGUAGUAUACAAUUUUGGAUUGAAUUUUUUAUAGAUGGCUGACUUGUAAUCGAAGAUUAGGGAUUUAGGUUUAGGGUUUUGAUUUCUGAGAAUCUGAUGGAAAUGGAGAGCUCGCGUAGGCCGUUUAGCGGAUCGAAUGAACCAGGCUUGAAGAAACCCCGAUUGGCCGAAAACCCGAAUGGACGAGCUUUUGGGCAGAGACCUGGUGGGGGAGCUAAUCCAGUGCUGUCAAGAUUCAGAGUGAGUGAUAGAGACACCGGGAGCGACGACCCGAAUCGCGGGGGUGGGGGCUAUGUGCCGCAGCCACUGCAGCAUCAGGAGCUUGUGAGCCAGUACAAGACGGCGUUGGCGGAGCUCACCUUCAAUUCAAAGCCAAUUAUUACCAAUCUGACGAUAAUUGCCGGCGAGAACGUCCACGCAGCAAAGGCGGUGGCGGCAACUGUAUGCAGCCACAUUAUUGAGGUUCCUAGCGAGCAGAAGUUACCAUCACUUUAUCUUUUGGACAGUAUUGUAAAGAAUAUCGGAAGGGAUUAUAUCAAAUAUUUUGCUGUCAGACUCCCUGAGGUGUUCUGCAAGGCAUAUAGGCAGGUUGAACCUCCUAUACAUCAAAGUAUGCGGCAUCUUUUUGGAACAUGGAAAGGAGUGUUUCCUGCUCAGACACUUCAGAUGAUUGAGAAAGAACUUGGAUUUUCUUCUACGGCAAAUGGUUCAUCCUCUGGAGCAGCAACAUCAAGACCAGAUUCGCAGUCACAGCGACAAGCACAUAGCAUUCAUGUGAAUCCCAAAUAUUUGGAAAGGCAACGUCUUCAGCAGCCAACUAGGAAUUUGCAGCAGUCCAAUGCAGAUGCACUAAGCGAGCGUGUUCAUGAGAAGAACAUUGGUGCUGAAUAUGGAGAAUAUGAAUAUGGUUCUGAUCUUCCCAGGAAUUCAAACCCAGGAAUUGGAAGAAUUGGUGGGAAGAUUACAGAAACACUACCCACCCAAAGAAAUGGUGUUAAUAUCAGGCAUGGACUUGCAAAUUACUCGGCACCUAAAUCUGCUAAUGCUGAUCCUCGCUUAAAGGCAGCACCAGGCAUUGCAACUAGAAACGGUGGUGGGCUUUCUAGUAGCUGGAAGAAUUCUGAGGAAGAGGAGUUCAUGUGGGAUGAUAUGAACUCAAGAUUAACAGAUCAUGGCCCGUCAGAUAUUUCUAGUAACUCAAGAAAAGAUCACUGGGCCUCUGAUGAUUCAGAGAGAUUGGGGUUUGGAGGUCAUUUUCGUAAACCAAAAAGUGUAAAUGAUUAUGCAUCAACAGCUGAUCUGGAUACCUCUGCUGACCUUACUGAACAGAAGGACCUAUCUGCUCUUGGUCACCUGAUGUCAUCACCUUGGACAUUGCAGGACUCUAUCGGUGUUGACAGGCUGACCCCUUCUGGUACUCCUGUCAUUAGUUCGGUUCACUCGGAUCGUUAUGCUUCAAGUUUAAGUGGGCUAUCAACAAGUGGAGAUUAUUCUGUGGCCAGGAUGGGAAGUAGAGCACAAGUAGCAUCUUCUCGCAUUGGAGCGUCAAGUCUCGGGUUUAGUGCAGCAUCAGGGCCCACUGGAGCUUUAGGGAAACAGCAGCAACUUCAGUCUGUGAGAGCUGCAUCACCAUCUGGGCAGUCACUGAUGCACCGGUAUUCUCCCUCACCUACAUCAACAGUACAACACCCUCGUCAUCAUUUGCAAAGUUUAGCUGAGCAAGACCUUACUGAGGACCCUUUGCCAAUCCCAACUCCCAAUGCUCGACUGGGUAGCAAAGCAAAAUCACAGCCUCAAGAUUUAUCUUUGUCAAUUCCUGCCAUCCAAUCAAGGCACAAAUAUGCCUCUCGACAACAACCGGACAGUAUAGAGUCUGAAUCUUUCGGUCACACUAAGAAGCCCCCUGUGCUACCGGUCUCCACUUUUUCAACUCCGUCAACUGUUGGAGAUUCUAUACCAGAUCAUUCAAAUGUCAUUGCUGCAGAAACCUCAGGACAGUUGAGCACUAGUAGUUUGUUGGCUGCCGUUAUGAAGACUGGAAUUUUAUCUGACAAAUCAAUUACUGGUGGCCUACCAAAUUUGAAUAUUCGGGACAUGGGACAUAUUCCAUCACAGCCAGGUGUUCAGUCUCCCUUUCCAAGUGGACCUCCCCCUACUCAGGUUGCACUCCCAGGGUCCAAGGUUGCCUCAGCAUUUACAUCAGGUCACCUUUCUGGUGAUAACUCACCAGCUUCCUCAAAUGUAUCACAGAAGAAGGUAGGCCAUCUGCCACUUCCACAUAGCCAACCUCCUUCAUCUCUCGAGGGCAGUGCGUCAGCAAGUUCUUCAACUGUGGUGAAUAACUCCUCGGAUCCAAUUUCUAGCCUUUUAAGCUCCUUAGUUGCAAAGGGUUUGAUAUCUGCAUCAAAGUCAGAGUCGCUCACUCCUGUGCCAUCCCAAAAGCCAACUGAACUGCAAAACAAGAGCCUUGGUGGACCUGCCACAAGUUUAGUGUCAGUGUCUCCAGUUUCAGUUUCAGCAAGUCUUCCUGUUUCAUCUCGAACUGAUGAUGCAUCUCUCCCAGAACCUGUAGCUAAAACAUCUGCUGCCUUACCACAAAUUACCAAGACAGAAAUAAGAAACCUCAUUGGCGUUGAGUUUAAGCCAGAUAAAAUCCGAGAAUUCCAUCCAGCCGUGAUUGAGGAACUUUUUAAUGACCUUCCACAUAAGUGUAGCAUAUGUGGCCUUAAGCUCAAACUUAGAGAACGGCUUGAGAGACACUUGGAAUGGCAUGCUUCGAAAAAUCCCGAAGCCAAUGGUUCAGCCAUGGCAUCAAGGAAGUGGUAUCCAAAUUUAACCAGCUGGGUUGCUGGAAAAGCAGGACCCCCUUUGGUACCUGAGGCCAACAAUUCAAUAGACGAGCCUAAUGAGACGAUUGACAUUGAUGAGCCCAUGGUUCCCGCAGACGAAAGCCAAUGUGCAUGUGUUAUAUGUGGUGAUAUUUUUGAAGAUUUUUAUUGUCAAGAAAGGGAUGAAUGGAUGUUCAAAGGAGCUUCGUACAUGAGUAUUCCAUCUGGGGCCGGUGAGAUGGAAACCACAGAGGAGAGUGUUUUGAAAGGUCCCAUUGUGCAUGUAAAUUGUACGGUGGAAAGUUCACUCUCUGAUUUGGGAUUGCCGGGCCAUGUUAAAUUGGAACCGGAAAUUUAGCGUUCGAAGCUGAAGAGACAAAACUCCAUGCAUUCUGAACUUUUGAGGGAAUUCCAGGUUUUAGAUUAAUGUGUUUUUUAGAUGUGAAUCUUCGAUGCCUAUUUUUCGUGCGCCACAAAAUAGUGGUGAGAGCUUUCAACUAGCUCCUCCUCUACAAUUUUCUUCUUGUUUAAUUCAAAGUUUUCGAGGAAAAGAAAUGCAUCCGUUUGCCAGAUAGUUUCCAUAGUUUCCAUCUCAAUGAUUUCUCUUAUGUGCUAGAUGUUUUGCUAUAUUUGUUCUUGUUUUUGACUUCUGUGAAGCGAUUUGCGCUUGAUACCAUAGUCGUCGUCCGGUCUUAGUGCAACAACGAAAACACUUCCGAUUCUCCGAACGAAACCAUUCCAGCUUCACAAUCGGCAUGUGUUUGUGGCCCUUGAGGGAUGCCUCUGUAUCAUGGUACCAUUAGUGGAGCAAUGUUUUUAAAAUUUAUGUUUUCAAUUUUUACCUUUUUUUUGUGGGUGUAGUUUAUAGCAUUUGGAGUUGAAUACUGUCUACUUUCGAUGUUUGUGGAAAGAUAAUGGAUAAAUGUUACUUUACCUUUCCAAACUUUGUAGGAUAUCUUUUCAUCAUAUAAUUUAGUGUGCCAUUUUUUUGCC